AUGGCCAUAGUCAAUGCAUUUCGAAGCAAAUCACUCGUUUAUCGCGCCAUCGAGGACAACGAAGAAGACAAGGCUUUCUUGCACUCACUUUGGCUCGAUCCACAAUCAUUAUAUCAGAAUAGAUACAAACAGCUAUUUCAACCUGUCAGUAGAGAUGCUUUCAACCUGCAACAUAAAGCCAAAGCUACUGGCCGUCUGAUCGAUGUCUUGAUCUGCCUUCCGGUCAAGAGUGAAGAACUUGACGAUUAA